GGGGGCCGGCUGGGGAGGGGGCCCCCCGGCCGCGGUUGGGAGGGCCCGUCGUGCCAGGCGCUGCCCGGGCUGAGAUGGGGGCCGUCGUGGACGUCGUGCCAGGCGCUGCACAGACUCGGUCCCAGACACUUUCCCUGCCAUGAAGAGCUCCGGGUCUGACCAGACCAAGGCAGGCUCAUUGUCCCGCACGUGACUGGAGGGGAAACUGAGUCCACGGAGAUGCCAGGACUUCCCACAGGCGCGGAGAGAGACCGGCCAGAAAGCCAUGCUGUCAGCACAGGAAGCCAGUCUCCCGCAGCAGAAGUAAAGGAGGCGAAGCAGCCUGGACAGCCCCGGCCCCUCCUGUCACCCGAGGAAGCCAGCAACGCGGAACGAGCCGCCCAGAAGGAGAAGCUCCAUGCAGAACUGAAGAGGGUCUUGCAAAGGAAAGGCGAGAGCCAGCCCAGCGCCACAGAGCCAGAGACGCCACCCGCCCCCGCCAUGGAGACCCAGACCAGGGCGACGGAGGAGGAAGCGAAGAUGUCGGAGCUGGUGGAGAUCAUCCUGGAGACGGAGGCCAGGGCCGGGGCCAGCGGGAUCAGCGUGGCUGGCGGGGGCAAGGAGGGGCUCUUCGUCUCCGACGUGCUGAGGGAGUCCCCCGUGGCCAAGGCCCUGAGCCUGAAAGAAGGUGACCAGCUCCUGAGCGCCAGGGUUUACUUUGAGAAUGUCCGGUACGAAGAUGCCCUGAGGAUCCUGAAGUGCGCUGAGCCAUACAAGGUCUCCUUCUGCCUGAAACGCUCCGUUCCCCGCUCGGAUGUCCCUGGGAGCCCCACAGCCGGUGGCCUGGAAGUGAAGGGACCCCAGGCGAAGAUGGCCAAGCUGAACAUAAAGAGCCUGGCACCCAUGAGAAAGCUGAAGGGGAAAGGUUUGACGAAGGCCCCAGAGGAGGAGGUGGCCCUGACGGGCAGCGUGGAGCUGUCGGCGGGGAAGCUGGACGUGGCCCCUGUGGACGUGGAAUUCUCCCUUCCCAAGUUCGCCAAGCUAAGGAAGGCCAAGGGCCCAGCCGGGCCCAGCCCAGACGUCUCCGUUGAGCUCUCCUCUUCGCACACCAAGGGGAGGAGGCUAAGGUUCCCCAGGCUGAAGGUGAAGGAGGCUGCAGGCGUGCAGACGUUGGCUGUGGCGGGGACACUGGAAGCAGCCUGGCCCAAGGGGAGUGUGGAAGGGGAGGCAGGUGUCCAGGGGAAGUCUCCCCAGUUCACAGCCCCAUUCCCCAAGGUGAAAAAGCUCAAGGAGGAUGCUGGGCUUGCGGAGGUUGAGCUCAAGGACCAAAUCAAGUUCAAGGCCCCCCAGGUUGAACUGGACAUUCCCAUCCUUGAUCUCAAAGCUCCCAGAGUUGCGGCUGGCGUGGAGACCCUGGAGAUCUCGGGCAAAGGGGAGGCCUUGCAGAUCAAGCUGCCGAAGUUCGGGGCAUCCGCCAGGCCUGCGGAGGGGGAAAUCGAGGUGGAGGGACUGGAGGGGAAGCUGAAGGUGCCCAAAGUCCAAGUGCCCCGGGUUGGGAUUUCUCUGCCGAUGGCAGGCAGGGAAGCAGAGGGGCCAGAGGAAGAGCUCAGAGCUGGCAUCAAACUCCCCUCGGUGGAAAUAGCAGCACCCAAAGUAGAGGUGGAUUUGAGCCUUCCCAAAGUGGAAGGAGCCCUGGAAGCACCAGACGUCAGUGCCAAAGGGGAGGGCUUGAAAAUAAAAAUGCCUAAGUUUGGCGCAUCUGCAGAGGAAGUGGAAGGCACACUGAAAACACCUGCCAUCCCGGCCCCCAAGCUCAGCACCUCUCUACCUAGCGACAAAGGGGAGGCUGAGGGGCCAGCCGGGAGGUACAAAGCUGGCAUGAAGCUCCCAUCCCUUAACAUAGGGGUGCGGCAGGUGGACGUUGAGAUCCCCCUUCCCAGGGGGAAGGCAGAUGCGGAACGGGAAGCGAAGCCUGCUGAAGCCACACUGGAGCUCCCCGACGUAACUGUGAAGAUCCCCAAGAUCAGCCUGCCCACGCAUGGGGGCAAAGCCAAAGAGGAGGAGGAGGAAGAGAAGGAGUUCAAGGUGCCCCAGGUGGAAAUGAAAGUGGGGAAGGCAGAGGGGGAGAGCCCCGAGUUGAAGACAAAAGGUCCCAAGAUUAAGAUGCCGAGCUUUGGGAUCUCCCUGUGGGAACACAAGCCUGAUGCGGACACCAAAGCGAAAGAGCCUGCCGCUGAAGGGAAGGUGAAAUUCCCUGGGGUGAAGAUGCCCUCCAUCGACAUCUCUGUCCCCAAAGCUGCCGAUGUGCAGCUGCCUAAAGUGAAGAUGGAACCAGCUGGGCUAGUUGGUGAGGGGAGGGUGAAAGCCUCUGACAGGGAUGGUGGUGAGGGUCCUGAGUUCAAAUUCAAAGUGCCACAGGUGUCGCUUCCAAAAUUUGACCUCUCUGGCGUGGCCGGGAAAGCCGAGAGCAAGGCCCACGUGCCUUCGCCCAAAGCCCCGCAACUGGAGGCCGAUACUGGGCGCCUGGAUAUCGCGGCUGGGAAGAUAAGUGUGCCCACACUGGAUAUCUCUGUGCCGGGGAUUAAGCCGGUUGACAUGGAGCUGCCAGAGGCCUCUUUGCGAAAGCCCGAGCUUGAGAUAGCUGUAGAGAAGCCGAAGAUUGAGGUGAAGCUGCCCGCAGGGAAACCUGAUGGGAAGAAGCUGGAAUCGGGGCUGGAAACGGCCCAAGCCAGGCUGAGUUUCCCAUCGGUGAAGAUGCCAUUGGUGGACAUUGACGUGCCCAAAGUAGGUGUUGACCUGGACCUGCCAAAGGCAAAGCCUGGCUUUGAGGGAGAGCUCAGGACAGUGGCAGGCCUGAAGGAACGUGACCUCCAGUUGCAAAAGCCCCAGGAGCCUCUCCUGAAGUUCGGGGCUGUCUGCAAGGACUUGGAGGUGGAGAUCGAUGUGCCAACUCCCAAGGCCAAGACUGACCGCCCCACGCCACAAGCAGAAGUUGAGCUCCAGGGUGCAGCCUUUGAAGGCCCAGAUCUAAGUGGGAUGGUGGCGAAGAUCCCCAAGGUGGAUAUUUUGUUUGGGAAAGAGAAGCUGGAGGGUGAGGAACUGGAGAGAGCGGGGCCGGAAGGGAAGGGCAAAGCGGAUAUGAAGUUCCCAAAGGUCGGCCUAGAACUCAAAAGCCCCGAAGUGAAGCCCACGAGCCUGGAGGCCACAGUGAAGCUGCCCUCCAUUGAAAUUUCAACACCUAAGCUCCCCGAGGUGGCCAUCGAGACCUUGCUGGGGGGAACAGCCGCUGUCGACAUCAGCGGAAAACUGCCGGAGACUGAUACCAAGCUGAAAUCGCCCAAAUUCUCUUUCCCCAAAUUUGGCAUCUCUGGCCCAAAGGUUAAGAAAGGAGGCCUGGAGGCUGCAAUGUUAGAAACUGAGCUGGAGGUGGAAACCAUGGAAGCAAGUGCCAAAAAGCCUAAGCUGAAGAUGCCAAAAUUUGGGCUCUCGUUCUCCAGGUCGAAGCAGGGGGCUGAUGUGGAUGGGCCCAGGCCCUCUGCGGAGGGAGAGGGGAAGGCUCCUAAGGGGAAGGUGGAGAUCUCAGGGCCUCACGUCGAUUUGGACUCCUCCGAAGCCAAAAUGAAGCUGCCUUCAGUGAAACUUCCCACGGUUGACAUCUCCAGUCCCAAAGUGGAUGUGGAAAUUGACUUGCCCAAGGGAAAGGGGGACAUCUCGGGUGAAGGGGUCACACAGGCUGGGGAAACAUCGCCUAACAUCAGUAUCGAGGUCCCAGACAUUAAGCUGAAGAUGCCAAAAUUUUCACUGCCAAAAUUUGGGGGUCAGGGCAGGGAGGAGGAGCUGGAACUGGAGCAAGAGACCUUCAAGGGGGAAGUGAAAGGGAGCGCCGAGGCCUUGUCCGGAGAGCUGGAUGGGAAAGCAAAGGGCAAGGAAGCCAAGAUGAAGAUGCCCAGGUUCAAAAUGCCGUCAUUUGGCAUUGCCAGGAAGGAUGUGGAGGUAUCUGGGCCCAGUGUGACAGCUUCUGAGAGUGAUGUGAAAGGCAAGAAGGGGAAAACAGCUGCCAAAGAGCCCGACAUGGCUGCUGGGAGCCCAGAGGAGAAGCGAAAAGGCCCCUUCAUGAAGAUGCCAAAACUGACGAUCUCUUCCCCCAAGGCCGACCUGAAAGCAGAAGCUGAUGUGAGAGGCUCCAAAGAUGAAAGUUACAUCCAAGGCCCCGACAUAGAAAUUAAAAUGCCCCAGGUUGAGCUGCCAAAGUUUGGAACCAAAGAGGAGAAAGCUGACGUGGAGGUGUCCAAGAGACCGGAAAGCCCUGGCACCAAGCUAAAAGUGGGCACUGUUAAAAUGCCAUCACUAGAGAUCUCCGUGCCUGACCAAGUUCCUUCAUUGCAAAUCUCUGUUCCCGGUGUAAAAGCGGAAGGGGAGCCAUCAGUGGGGAAGCCGGUCAUGGACAUCUCCGAGGCUGACAUCAGGGGGUAUGAAGGAAACUUGAAAAUCCCCAAGGCACCUUCCGUUGGCAUCUCUGCACCAAAGCUAGACUUGGAUAUCAACCUGCCGAAAGCCAGUGUGGAGAUGCUGGGCCAGCAUGAGGCUAGGCUGAAAAUAGAGGGGGAUGCCACCUUUGAGAAAGCAGACACCAAAAUUAAGAUGCCCAAGGUGGAGCUGCCCAAAUAUGGGCAGGAGGGUUUCCUGGGGAAAGACUUGGAUAGAGAGCUGAGUGGUGCCAAGGCAGAGAUGCACCUCCUCAAAGGACAAAAGCUGAAAGAGCCUUCCAUAAAGGACCAGAAAGUAACCCUAGAGAUGGAAGGGGGCAAAUAUGCAGCCGAUGCUACUGAAACCUCCCUGCUGGGUUCCAAGAUCCGGGUGCCCAAACUGGAUAUUUCCUUACCCAAAGCCAGGCUGUCAGAAGUAGAGAUACCUCUGACCGAGGGGGAGAUCACCAUCGAGGAACUGGAGGAAGCUGAGGGGAAAUUUAAGCUACCCUCGGUUGGGCUACCUAAAUUUUCUACCCCGAAGGUGAAAGCUCCAGAGGUGGGAUUUGAUGUUGGCUUAAGCAGAGAUCGAGACUUUGUUCUGGACACGUCUGGGCUGCACGGGAAGGUGCCCAAAGUUGAAGUGAGUGGCCCAAAGAUUAAACUGCCUAAAUUUGGGGGAGCCAGUUCUAAUGACCAUUGGGAGGCAGAUAUAGACUCAUCCAAGACCCCCAAGGUGGAGCUUAAACCCCCCAAACUCCGGGGGAGCCUCGAGACCCCAGGCAGCGAAGUGGGGGUGAAAGAGGCCAAGCUCAAAAUGCCAUUGGUUCCCAUUGGCUUCACCGUGGGCAAGGGAGAGGGGGAGAGUUCCCCCAGGGCAGAGGACUCUGAGAUGGAUGGUUAUGACAGCAAGUUCAAACUGAAGAUGCCCUCAUUCGGGAUUUCCAAAGUUGGCACAGAGGCCAAGGGGGACGAGUCCAGGACGGACACCCAGCCCCUCUGCCCCACAGCAGAGGAAACGGACUUCUCCUUUAAAAUGCCCCAGCUUGCCAUUCCGGACGUGGGGUUCUCGGUGGGCCCAGGGGAAGCUCCAGCUUUGGGGGGGGGGAAAGCCGAGAUGGGUGGAGACGCCAGGGCCAGGGUCGAGAAAUCUGCAGGCGCUGAAGAUCUGGAGCGGGACGUGGAAGGGUUAGAUAUCAGGCUCAAGAUGUCGCCAUUCGGGAUUUCAGGAUCCAAAGGGGACGAGGGGAAUAUGAUGGCAUCUCUCCACAGCCACAAGGGGUCAGACAGGGAGCAGAUGGGGGGGAAGAAAUCCCUGUUCAAAAUGCCAGACCUGGAGAUCUCCGCCCCGAGCAUCAAGGCGCACGCAGAGUAUGAAGUUGACGGGGCUCAGUUCCACCACAGUGGCUCCAAAGAGCUUCCGAGAACCAGUGCCGCUGGCAUCCGAGAUGAGAAGGGUUGUGGCGUCAAGGCUCCGGGAGGGAAGGGGGACGCUUCUGAGGCCGAGGCAGGGAAGAAGUAUAAAAUGAAGCUGCCCAAGUUUGGGAUCGCCCUGCCCAAAGCCACCCAGGAAGGAGGAGAAGGGGACCUUUCUAGGGGGGAAAGCAAGGCCCAGGAGGCUGAAGCCAAGGUGAAGAUGGCCAAGGUGAAGAAGGCGGUAUUUGUGCUGGUGAAGCCCAAGGGGAAGGGGGUGGAAGCAUCCUCUGGGCUCUUGGAAGCAGAUGGCGAAGCUGCUGCUGGCUUCUUGGAAGGGGAUGGGGGCGGCAAGGUGAAGGUGCCUAAAAUAAAGCUGAAGCCCAACUUUGGGCUCUCUCUCUCCAAAUCCAAAGCUGGGGUGGAAGUCAAUGGGGAGCUAGAGCCCUCAGCCCAGGAGGUAGGGGAGCUGGAGAAAGGCUCCAAGCUGAAGCUGCCCAAGCUGGGCUUCUCCAAGACCGAGGUCACGGAUCUGGGCACCGGUGGGAAGGGGUCAGCAUCUAAGCUCAAUGGGGAGGAGGGUGAACUUUCCCUGCAGAAUGGCUCCCAGGACAGCAAGGCAAAGCUGGGCAAGAUUAAGCUGCCCCAAGUUGAAUUCUCCUCCCCGUAUAAGGCGGCGGAGAUGGACCCCGAAAUGAACCUCAAGCUGGUGAGGGCAGAAGAGGCCAAGGAUGAGGCUCAUGUCAGCACCUUCAUGGCUCUCAAGGCGGCCAAGUUCAAGUCCCCCAAGAUCACGUUCUCAGGUUUCAAGAAGAAGGACGGGGAACAAGCUGGGAACGUGGUCUCUUCGGCUGCCAGGACAGAGAUGGCCUUGUUGGAAAAGGGGGAGAGGGACCAAGAUGCCAAGCCAGAGACAUCCAAGAUCUCGCUGGGCUUCACCUCUAAGUCGAAGGGGGAAUACAAUGUGGAGAGAGGCGAGCUGGAUAGCAGAGAGAAAUCCCCCAAGUUCAAGUUCCCCAAGCUGGCUCUGAGCCCCAAAACCAGAGGGGAGCUAGAAGUCGCUUCCGAGCAGCAGGAGAGAGGGGGCUUCUCCCAGUGGGAAGGAGAGAAGGGGACAGGGGUGCUGGAGGGAUUCAAGAUUCGGACGCCCAAGCUGGGUUUCGCCACUCAGCUGGAGGAGCAGAUCCCGGAGGAGGGAGGGGGCCGAAUUAAGCCAAUCAAGGGCGAGAUGAUGGUGGGGAAAUCAUCCCCCAUCUGAGGCUGGGCUGGGGCAGGAAAAGCAGAGACUUGAACAGCCCCCCAUCCCGUGUUGGGAGUUUCGCAGGCUGGCAUUUGUACAGUUCUGUGCCUGUGUGUGACAGAUGCACUAACCACAAGAUGAGCUUUCAAGCUACAGUGUGGGCCGGGGAUGGAAAUGGGAGUAGCGGGGACCCAGCUGUUCUAAUAACCAGCCCCAGUGUGGGCUCCCCCCUGCUCUGACUCCUCCCCGAUGGGGGCCAAGUGGAUCUUCUUGGGGCAAGACUUUUUUUAAAAAAAUUUGUUGGAAAUAAUGUGAAUAAAUAAUCAAGCUCCACUUAGUAUUUUUUACCGUUUUCCCAGUUUAAUAAACAGCCCCUUUGACCUGGUGCCAGCUCAGGCCCGGUCCCCUCCAAGGCUCUGCCUCACGUGGGGAUUCGCUGGCUCUGACUGCACUAACGGGCUCUGAAUGAUUUGGUUUUUUUUAACUUAGGCUUUAACUCUGUUUCUUGGGAGUGGCUGUUCCAUUCACACUUUUAAAUUAAGACGCUUGCAAACUAAUGGUCAGUAAGAUAACGGUAGGAGAUUAAAGCAGUUGUUUCUUUUCAACCAGAGACCAGUGCCUUCUUACUAGCAUAAUGCUAAGCUCAGAGAAAGGAGUCGAUUGGAAGAGGAAGGAUAACGUGAAAUUCAAAACGCAGCUCACUCUGUACUGUGCAGCUUGUUCGUAUUCUAGUAACAGGGGUAAGGAAUUUCAAAGAAAGGAGCAAGGAAACGGCAGGGGGUUGACUCUGUUAUACUGCUCCAGCGGUAGGAAGGGGCCUUUGUGGAAAUCGGGUUCCUGCUUUUUAAUGAGUGACUCUAGGUGGGGAGAAAGCUGGGGUUUGAUCCCGUGAGUUCUGAAAAGCCUGGCCGGGCCAGCUCCUCUCUGUUACCCUGAAAUUCCUAACCUCUGGCUGCCCUUUCAUCAACACAAGUAGCAGCUGAGUCCAAAGGGUUCCUCCUUGGAAGGUGGUUUAAAAAUAACUGGUGUGUUCCCUCCCAGCGUGGGAGCAAAGAAGAACCUUCUCAGGCAGAUCACUGCUACCGGGUUGUGGAUUUAUCACAGGUCCCCACACCCAGCCCCACUGGUGGGGCUCUGUUAACCAAAGCAAAGAGGAGGGGAUGGUCAGGGUUGCAACAGGGCCAUGGUCUCAGCUCCCUCACUUUUUUUCUGAGCCCCUUCCAAAACGUAGCCUCCAUGAAAUGUGCUUAGAGCCAAGGGCCAAUCAGCUGUCACACUCCUGUGGUCUGUAGUCCCCUCUUAGCCACCGCUGCAUGUGUGACCUCCGGAGAGCCCCUCCCCAGCAUUAUUACUGGGGAGAUCAGGACUGUCCCAGCCCUAAAGAGCUUGCAAUUUACAUGGAUGAGACAGUCAGAGAGAGGCUGAUUAUCCCCACUUCAGGCUCAGAGAGAUGCAGUGACUUGCCCAAGGUCUCCCAGGGAGUCAGUGGCAGAGCUGGGAAAUGAACCCAGGUGUCCUGAGUCCUAGAACAGUGCCUUAUUCACAAAAUUGUGCCCUUCCCCUACAGCAUAAUCCCACCCCAGUGCCUCAGUCAGCCCAGGGGAACAAACAGGGAGCUCAUUAAACAUCAUGGGGCUUUGAAUGUUCCUAUUUACAUUUUCCCCAAAAGAAAGGAUUGAAUACACCCCCACUGGUAUUUUGAUUUCUAGCCGUUGUCUUUGUGGGGGUGGGAAUCUGUCCAGAAAUUCCUCUGUUUGCUUCUGGGGGCAAAUGUGUACAUACAGUAGAACCUCAGAGUUAUGAACACCGCAGGAAUGGAGGUUGUUCGUAAUGCUGAACAAAAUGUUAUGGUUCUUUCAAAAGUUUACAACUGAAUGUUGACUUAAUACAGCUUUGAAAUUUUACUAUGCAGAAGAAAAGAGGGUUAAAAGCAGCAUUUAAUUUAAAUGUACCAAGCACAGAAACAGUUUCCUUGUCAAACCUUUUUUUAAACUUCCCCUUUAUUUUUUUGGUAGUUUACAUUUAACACAGUACAGUACUGUACAGUAUUUGCUGGUUUUUGGUCUCUGCUGCCUGAUUGCGUGCUUCCCCAUGAGGUGUCUGGCUGACUGGUCAGUUUGUAACUCUGGUGUUCGUAACUCUGAGGUUCUACUGUAGAUUCUAUUGCUUAACGAAGCCAUAACCCACCUGAGCCUCGGUGUUCCGACAGCAGAUUUAGCUUGUAUUUAACAGGAGCGAUUACAGUCCAUGGAUGGGUUGGUGUGUUAAGCAUGCCAGAUGUCAUUGCCAUGGACUGGAAGGGUAGCUUGGUUUUCGUUAUGAUAAAUGCAGGAUAGAAGUAACAGGGCAGAGUUCGUUUGCAGUCACAUUGUAUUUCCUACCUUGUACCUAAUGUGUAACUGUGUGAUGAGGGGAAUAAGGGGGUGGGAGUUUGGGUGCCUUUUCAUAGCUAAUCGUGUAUUAUCUCAUAUACAGCAUACCUGCCAAGAGAGAAACCUUGGUCUUACUUAAUGAACUGUGUUGCUUUGACCUCUUUUACUGAAGAUACGUGUAUUAUUAUUGGCAUUUUAUUUUCAAGAUUGUCUGACCCGAUGAUUGCAAAAGAGAUUUUUUUUUAAAAAGGUGGAUUACACAGAACCCCCACCCCGCGCUCGUGCCAGCUUCCUGAAUGCGGGGAUGGAGCGCUAAGCUCACUCCAGGGGGAAACAGGGACUGAAGGUCAGGCUGCAGGGCCAGCUCCCCAGCUGUGGUGCUGGGUGCUUUUGGAUCCCGGCAGCCUGGAUGCUGUAGUCUGACUGACUGCACCUGUACAGGCUCCCUGGGGGUGAAAUCCACUCUGCUGCCAGGAAGCCAGCACAAGGCCUGGGUACUACUUUUCAGCCCAAAGGCUGAAGCAGGAUCUAAGUGGUACCUAGGCCUUGUGGGCAUAGCAUCCCACUCCAGUCUAGAGCUCCACCCGCGUCCCCUUCAGUGAUCUCUGCUGUGUCCAGACCAACAGACACCAGAAUAAGGCUCCCAGGGCGAGAACUACCUUCCCCCAAACACAUGCUCGUGGGUUCCUUCCCCUUUCUCUCUGCCUGGGAGACACACAGGCAGCCCUGCUGGGAUGUGCAUUGGGCCCGAUUCUCUGCUGCCCUGGCUUCAAAUGAAUGCAAAACACUACUCAGUGAAGCCGGUAACAAUUCGUUCCCACUUCGCAUUGGUGCAAAUAACUGCAAGGGGCAGGGGUAAUGGGGCCCCUUGGUAUCAUUUACACCAGGGUAGAACAUUUACACCAGGGUAGAAUUUAACCCACUCUCUUUAAACUUGUCCACAGCAGCAAACGGAUGAGCAGGAAUUAGCUGCUGUGUGUGUGUCAGCUUCCCUUUGAAGGGGCUUUCUUUAGCCAAAACCAUUGGAUGCCGUUUGGAGCAGGGGCAGUAGCUGGAGUGAGGAGCUCUCUUCUCUCCUCCCCCGCGCUUUGUCAGGGCUGUUUUAAAAGCAGUGCUUAGAUGCAGAGGGGCUUUUUUGAUUCCCAUUAAUGCUAAAUGCCACUUUCCCUUGGAGUCCUGCAGACCUGGGGGGUGCCCUGUUCUCUAACCCUGCCCUGCCCAAGCGAUGCUCAGAUCCAGUAACCCCGGGUUCACUUUGUUACCUUGUCUCAGAGCCACUGUGCUGCUUUUUCUUUCUAUUCUGGGUUUGUCUGAAUAAAAUUAAUCUGUGAC